GUGUUGUUGUUGUAUUUUUUUUCCAUCUGGUCAGUCUCUGUUACUCGAAAGCGCCGCUCAAGUCGCGUGCGUGUAAGCUGUGUGUGUGGUACACACAGUGUAGGCCGGCGUGUGUGUUGUGAAUAAAUUCCGCGGGACACGCUGUUUCAUCAUCAACCCUGAUACUGUGAUACUCAGAAACUGUGAUACACAUUCAUCACAUUGUAACACAUUGACACUGCUCAGCUUGGACUGGACUGUGACCGCAGUCUAUAUAUUCUAGUCUAAGAGAUCUUUAUUAUAUUCUUGUCUGGUCAUUGUCUAAUUCAACAACUGGAUUAAUUCAUUAACGUUAAACAUUUUUUUUUUUACUUGUAAGUCUGGGACGGACAAUUUGUUAAAGUAAAGCUUAUUCCAUAUUGAUAUUCACUUGAAUAAAAAUUAUAAGGAGAAUCUAAGUUAGGCGUAAGUCACCCACCAAAAACAAGCGUCUGCUGGUGGCCAUCCUCGUCGGUGCUCUUAUCGUCGGGGUUGGCUUAGCUUUUGGGCUUGCCAUGGGCCUAAGAAAAGAUAAUGAAAAUAACAGUGGAACAAAAACACCAGUGUACAAAUCAGCAACACAGGCUUACAAACACGCUACAGUGGUAGCUGAUUCCAAAGUUAGUUCAGACAUUGGAAACAAUAUUUUAAAAAAGAAAGGCAACGCAAUAGAUGCUGCAGUUGCAACAUUGCUGGCAACAGGAGUGUUGAGUGCUCACAGUGCUGGUAUUGGAGGAGGUUCAUUUUUUGUUAUUUAUCACAAAGAUCAUGGAUGGCAUUCAGUUGAUAGCAGAGAAGCUGCACCAGCUGCUUCAACAAAGGAUAUGUUUAUUUUACCAGAGAAUAGAAAAAAAUCUAUGUAUGGUGGUAUGGCUAUUGGUGUGCCUGGAGAGGUGAAAGGCCUAUAUGAAGUUCACAGAAGGUUUGGAAAAGUCCCCUGGAGAGAAAUUGUUAUGCCAACAGUCAAACUCUGCCUGGAAGGUGCACCACUGACAAAAGCUUUACACCAUGCACUCAGUCGACUGCAAUCAGAUGAAGACAAGAACAAAUUCUUACCUUAUUUUGACCACAAUCGUAAUGUGAAACCUAUUGGAAGUCUCAUCCAACUACCUAAACUUGCCAAAACAUUCCAAGCUAUUGCUGAUGACCCAUUGUCUUUCUACAACGGCAGUUUAGCCAGUGAUAUUGUUGCAGAUAUAAAAGAAGCAGGUGGAAUUAUAGAAGUUGAAGACUUGGAAAACUACACCUUGAAAUGGGACAAACCAACAGAGAUGCAUUUGCCUGGUGAUUAUUGUGUGUACUCAGUACCUCCUCCAGGAAGUGGCCCUGUGCUGAGUUACAUUCUGAAUAUUCUCAGUGGGUAUAAUUUUGGUCCUGAGAGUAUUGCUACUGAUGAAGACACAAUACUUACACAUCAUAGAAUAAUUGAAGCAAUGAAAUUCGCCUAUGGCAAAAGAACUGAGUUGGGUGAUUCUAAUUUUAUUGAUGUUAAGGAGGAUGUUGAGCAAAUGACCUCCUUAGAAUAUGGUGAAAGAACAAGGCAGCGCAUAGAUGAUGAUAUAACAAAUGAAACAAAUUAUUAUCAGCCAACUUCCUAUAUUAACAACGAUGCUGGUACUGCCCACAUCUCUGUUGUGGAUGUGGAAGGCAAUGCUGUUUCUGUUACUAGCACAAUCAAUACAUAUUUUGGUAGCAGAGUAAGGGGAAAUAGAACUGGUAUAAUAUUCAAUAAUGAGAUGGAUGAUUUCUCAACACCAAAUUCACCAAACUACUUUGGACUUCCAGCAUCUGAAGCCAAUUUUAUCCGUCCAGGGAAAAGACCUAUGUCAUCAAUGUGUCCAGCAAUACUUUGGGAUAAAAAAUCUAAAAGGAUCAAACUUGUUACUGGUGCUGCUGGGGGAAGCAAAAUUACAUCAGCUACUGCUUUGAAUAUUAUUGAUGUUCUUUGGUUUGGUAUGCCAUUACCUGCAUCCAUAGACCGCCCAAGACUUCACCAUCAACUUAUGCCUCCUGAACUGGUGGUUGAAAAAGACUACCCAGAGACUAUACUCAAUGGACUUAGAGCUAAAGGACAUGUGACAAAAAAUAUGGUUGGUUAUUCAGUGAUUCAAGCAGUUGAUGUGCUAGAAAAUGGUAUUAUUGGAACUGCUGAUUUUCGAAAGGGAGGAGAGCCAAGUGGAUAUUAACUUUGUAAAUAAUAUUUUAAUUUAUUUAAGCAGGCUGAUUAGUGUAAGUGUUAGUCCAAAUGUUGUAUUUUUUAACGAGAGAAUAUGGGUCUAAUUCAUUGUUGCUUUUCUCUAAACUUUUUUUUUUUUUACUUGAUGUGCAAUUGGAUAUAUGUGACAGUAUGAUUUCUGAGAAAGCAACUGCUGUGAGAAGACUAACCUUACACAAGUUCAGCCUAUGCUAAUGUUCAAGUGUUGUGUACAUAUCACUUUUGUUGUCAAUUCAGUCAUUAUAUUUACAAAUUAUAUUCAGUAGCUAGAAUGAAGUAUUCUAGCAUUCUAUAGUAGUCUAUUACUACUAGUGCAAGUAUUGAGUGCAACUACAAAAUACAUUCUUAUUAGAACUGAACUCAAAAAGAAUGACCAAGAAAUUAUUGCUUUGCUGUUCAACAGUUGAUGGUAACUAUUUAGACCACCUUUUGUUCUUUAUAUUUUGUGAAGCUUUUUGUUAUUCCAUUCGACCAAUCUUACAUCUGUUCAAGUAAAUGAUUGGGACUGGGCUCUAAACAGUUGCCCUCUGUUGUAUACAUUGAGGCAAUUAAUAGGAAUUGGAUAAAAUGAGAAUCUCCGUAAGUAAA